UGCCCGCUCGACGCCUCCUCCUCCUCCACCACCACCUCCACCUCCUCCUCCUCCCGCCCCUGCUCAUCACCUCCCUGGGCGCGAGCCCCUGCCCGAGGCCGUGCCAGUGCGAGGGCACCGCGGUGCGUUGCGACGGCCGCAACUUGAGCGCCUUCCCGCACGACAUCCCCCGCGACGCCACCGCGGUCCUCCUGCACGACAACAACAUCGCUCGCGUGCCCGAGGGGGCCCUCGAGGCGCUGCCGAGGCUGCGCGCCAUCACGCUGCACGGCAAUCCGCUGCUCUGCGACUGCGGCGUUGCCUACCUGCACGCGUGGCUGCGUCAAAACCUGGGCACGGGCGCGGGCGGCGGCGAGGAGGGCUCUAGGUCACGACUCAACGUGCGGUGCGCCGGACCGCCGGCGCUGUGCGGCCGCAGGAUCGCGCUCCUCUCGUACCGCGAGGCGUGGGGCUCUUGCGAGCGCGGCUGCUUUUGGCUGAGCGCGUCGCAGGCGGCCCUCUACGUGUUCGGCCUCGCCCACGCGUCGCUCGCCCUCUUGCUCGCCGGCUUCGCGUGCCUCGGGAGCCGCGCGCGCGCCGACGAGCUCCGGGAGGAGGCCGAGUACGAGGACAUCGCGCGCGCCGUGGACGCCGAGUACGAGAUCAUCGGCGGCGGCGGCGGCGGCGGUGGCGGGAGGGCCGCCUCACGCUGAAAAGGGGUGCGGCGGAAAACGUCGCGAACUCGGCAUCGAGAUUCGCGCCAGGGCGCUCCCUCGUCGCUCCGUUACCGCGUCUGCCGCGCUUUGCCGUCCCCACGGAUCCCUCGCAGCGACUCCUCCGUCCCCGAUCGGUGUGGGCCGUCGUCCUCCGCUCUCACGCACCGCGUCCAGACGCCGUACACGUCGCAGCUCACGGCAACAACUCCACUUGCUCUACUGCCUCUCUCUCUCUCUCUGUCUGAGUGAGCCAGACUACGGCUCACCGCUCCCCCUCUCUCUCUGUCUGAGCGAGCCAGACUACGGCUCACCGCUCCCCCUCUACUGCCUCUCUCUCUGUCUGAGUGAGCCAGACUACGGCUCACCGCUCCCCUCUACUGCCUCUCUCUGUCUGAGUGAGCCAGACUACGGCUCACCGCUCCCCUCUACUGCCUCUCUCUGUCUGAGUGAGCCAGACUACGGCUCACCGCUCCCCCUCUCUCUCUGUCUGAGCGAGCCAGACUACGGCUCACCGCUCCCCCUCUCUGUCUGAGUGAGCCAGACUACGGCUCACCGCUCCCCUCUACUGCCUCUCUGUGAGUGAGCCAGACUACGGCUCACCGCUCCCCCUCUCUCUCUGUCUGAGCGAGACAGACUACGGCUCACCGCUCCCCCUCUACUGCCUCUCUCUCUGUCUGAGUGAGCCAGACUACGGCUCACCGCUCCCCUCUACUGCCUCCCUCUGAGUGAGCCAGACUACGGCUCACCGCUCCCCCUCUCUCUCUGUCUGAGCGAGACAGACUACGGCUCACCGCUCCCCCUCUACUGCCUCUCUCUCUGUCUGAGUGAGCCAGACUACGGCUCACCGCUCCCCUCUACUGCCUCCCUCUGAGUGAGCCAGACUACGGCUCACCGCUCCCCCUCUCUCUCUGUCUGAGUGAGCCAGACUACGGCUCACCGCUCCCCUCUACUGCCUGUCUGUGAGUGAGCCAGACUACGGCUCACCGCUCCUCCUCUUUCUCUCUCUCUGAGUGAGCCAGACUACGGCUCACCGCUCCCCCUCUCCCUCUACUGCCUCUCUCUCUGUCUGAGUGAGCCAGACUACGGCUCACCGCUCCCCUCUACUGCCUCUGUCUGAGUGAGCCAGACUACGGCUCACCGCUCCCCUCUACUGCCUCUGUCUGAGUGAGCCAGGCUACGGCUCACCGCUCCCCCUCUCUCUCUCUGUCUGAGCGAGCCUGACUACGGCUCACCGCUCCCUCCCCCUCCUCGACGCCCACUGACGGCGUCGGAGUUUCACAACAACAACUGGCUGCGCUGAUCCACCAACCCCUCGCUGCUGCUGCCGCUGCUGCCACUGAUGCCGGAUGACAGGCGGCCACGCGCAGCGCAGCUCCUACUGCCGCCUCUACCGGCCGAUGGAGAGCGCGCGUCUCCUUCUCGAAGGAUGGCUAGAAACAGCUAACUUUUUGUUGAGAGAGUCGGUUCGUCGUCGUGCGGCUCAGUGAGUGUGUCUGUGUGUGUGUGUUUGUUUGUAUUCUCCGAAUCCGGUCCCGUGAUCUCCCCUAGGUCGGGUUGAGUCCGUGCGUCAAUGUGCGGCUGUGUGAGUGUGUGCGUGUAGGGGGGGGGGGGCACAGGUGGUGCAUCAGCCACAGCCAUCUCAGUCAGUCGACCCGUGGCACCUGCUGGGUCUGC